GGCGUCGCCGCACUAGCAGAAGAGAAGGCACUGGUCCUGCCCUCAGAAGUAAAACGGGGAUAUAGUCUGUGGUUGCGGCUGGACCGGAUUCAGGUUCAGGGGACGAGAGGGCCUGUGAAAAGUCCUCUGCAAUCGUCUCAUCGCUGUAGUACUCGUCGCCGGUAAUCUCGCUGUCAGAGUGGUCCAUCGCUCUGAAGAGGUCAGCAGGAGGGGGAAGCCAGAACCGCGACGCAAGGUAUGGAACGACGGGCGCUGAGCACGAACGUAUCUACCCAUCAUUUUGCCCCAUCCGCCAUCCCAAGAGAGCUCUCUCACCUGCGAUGUCUUAGCCUCUAGUUGACGUCCAAUGCUAUAACGGCAAGAAAAUGGAGAACACAUAUAUCGUCCUCCUCAAGCCAGACGUCAACAAGACAGCGUAUCCGAGGUGGUUGCGCAGCCGCCUGAGUACAGACUCCCGGAUUAUGUACGACUAUUCGAUUCUCAACGCGUUUGCUGCGCAUCUCGAUGAUCAGAGACUCGAGAUCGUCCGCGCCUCACAGGGCAUGCUAAGGAUUGAGAGUGCCGUGGCCGAUCACGCUGGCCUCUAGGACAAC